AUGCGGCUCCUCCUCUCUCUCCUCUUCCUGCUUCUGAUAGACUCCGCAAGCUCCCAAACCUCCGAUGACUUGAAGACCUCCCUCAUCUCUUUCCUCGGAAAGCUCUCCUCAAGCAAUCCCCAAAUCAAUGGCGACUUAGGCUGGACUACAGCUUCCGACCCCUGCCUUGACAGAUGGAAAGGCAUCAAAUGCAAAAAAGGUGGAAAAUCCCUCCAUUCGAUAGCUCUUGAAUCCCUCAAACUCGAUGGAUCCAUUGAUGGUGAUCUUCUUUCCCACAUCUGCAACUCAAGCUCUCUGUCUGUGCUGAGCCUUAAGGGAAAUGCCAUCAAUGGCGGCCUUCCCUCGGAGAUCUCUAGUUGCACCAGAUUGACACACGUCUAUCUGAGUAACAAUCGCCUCUCAGGUAGCCUUCCAUCUCCUCUGCCUUCGUUAAGGAACUUGAAGAGGCUCGACAUCUCUCACAACAACUUCUCUGGUAAUAUUCCAUGGAAUAUGUCGAGGAUUUCAGGCCUCAUAUCUUUCCUUUGCAAUAAUAAUAACUUCACUGGUACUAUACCAGAAUUCAACUUGAACUUCAUUAAUGAUUUCGAUGUUUCUUUCAAUCAAUUCUCUGGUCCUUUACCGGCGAACUCUGAAAAUUUUCCGGUUUCAAGUUAUGUUGGAAAUCCCGGCCUAUGUGGGAAACCACUUGAUGUGGAAUGCCCUCCUCCUCCUUCUCCUCUUCUUCCUCCUCCUCCUCUUCCAUUUCCUUCCGAUCAUAACUCAAAGAAGAUAUCAAUAAGCAAGGGCAUCAUGAUCUCAGGCUAUGUUCUCUUUGCUCUGGUCGUUGUUCUCUUCUUGAUGUACAAAUUUCUCAAGAAAAAGAAGAAGCAGAGUGGUCCUCUUCAAAUGACAAAAUUAAACCAGAAGAAUGUUUCAGAGAGCAGCGAGAAGGCUGAGACUGCCUCCCCGUCGGAGUACUCGAUCUCUUCUCCAUCUCACAACUCUGCCGGCGUAUCGACGUCUCUGGUACUGCUGAAGAAGGAUGGAUGUAAAGAUCUCAAAUUUGAGGAUCUUCUGCGAGCUCCAGCGGAGUUGCUCGGAAAGGGGAGGUUUGGGAGUUUGUAUAAGGUGGUGAUCAAUGGCAGCAACGAGUUGGCCGUAAAGAGGAUCAAAUACUGGACUUUGUCAGGGGAGGAGUUUCAGAAAAAAAUUAUGAUGAUGGAUCAAGCAAGACAUCCUAAUGUUCUUCCAGUUACAGCUUUCUAUUGCUCCAAGCAGGAGAAGCUUGUCGUUUACGACUUUCAGAAGAAUGGAAACCUUUACAAACGUCUCCAUGAUAACAGAGAAGGCCGGCCGUUUACAUGGAAAAGCCGCCUCAACGCCGCCGCCGGCAUCUCCGCCGGCCUUUCCUUCAUGCAACAGUCCCUCAUCAACUCCGGCGCUACAACCGCCGCAGGCCACGGCAACCUCAAAUCCUCCAACAUCCUUUUAUCCUCCACUAUGGAUCCUCUCAUAAGCGAAUACGGCCUCACCGCUCUCCCUAUCCACCGCGAAGAGCUCGCCGGAAAAACCGAACCUUUCUCCACCAGCACCGAUGUUUACGACUUGGGCGUCAUCUUCCUCGAACUUCUGACAGGGAAGCCGAGCCAUGGGUUCAAUUUGGCGCAGUGGGUUCAUUCUGUGGUGCGAGAGGAAUGGACGGUGGAGGUUUUUGAUAGAUUGUUGCUUAGUGACGGGGAGAUGGUAGAGGAGGCGAUGAUGAGGUUGCUUCAGGUGGCGCUGCAGUGUAUGAAAGGCGAUGCGAAUGCGCGGCCGAGGAUGGCGGAGGUGGCGGCCAUGGUCGCCGGAAUCAAAGAUAUUUGA